AUGUCGGAGAAAUACGAAGGGGACGUGACCUUGGAAGAGAGCGGCGAGGAGAAGCAGGAUUCCCAAGAGAAGGAAGUGGUUACACCAGAAAAAGCAGAAGAGCAAAAACUGAAGGCCAAAUAUCCCAAUCUAGGGCAGAAGCCAGGAGGAUCGGACUUCCUCAUGAAGAGGCUUCAGAAAGGGCAAAAGUACUUUGAUUCCGGAGACUACAACAUGGCAAAGGCCAAGAUGAAGAACAAGCAGCUGCCAUGCGCUGGGCCGGAUAAAAACCUAGUCACUGGUGAUCAUAUUCCAACGCCGCAGGACCUUCCACAGAGGAAGUCAUCACUCGUUACCAGCAAACUAGCCGGGUAG